AUGACCAAAACGUCAGAAGUGAAGAAGCGGCUCCGCGAGAAUCAGCGGGCCUGCCGCGUCCGCCAGAAGGAGCUCAUCGAAGACCUUCGUCGCAGAGUGCGAGAGCUCGAAGAUCGUGGUAUCCAGGCUACAAAGGAGAUGCAGUGCACAGCACGUGCUGUGGAAUGGGAAAACAACCGUCUGCGCGCCCUUCUAUCUUCGCACGGCAUCUCAACUGGAGAGAUUGACAACUUUCUGCGUCCCGAAACCAAGUCACAUCUAGCUUGGGAUCAAGGCACUGCUGCAGAAAGUACAGAACCCCACGUCAUGGCACCUCAAAAUGUCGGCCAGGUUUUCGCGGGUGAUUUUACAGACCUGGGAGAACUACAGGCCGAGAGUAGCAUCACUCUUGCGCGAGAGCCAGCCACUAUGGUCACGCUCUGUGACAAGGCGGCCAAGAUCGUUGCCGAAGCCCAUGGACACAGGGAUACUGAAGUUGCCCUCAAUGCGCUUGGAUGUGCUCGAAAGACAAAAGACUGCGUCGUGAACAACGUCAAGAUAUUUGAUAUUAUUGGGCAGACGCUGUGA